GCGUGACUGACAUUCAUUGUUAAAAUGUACCAUAUGGUUAAAAUAAAUUCAUGACACAGAUUCAGGCCAAAUGUUUAUAUGAUUUUGAGGCGCAGCAUCCAGGUGAGUUAACAUCCAAAUCUGGUGAAAUUCUUACUAUAAUAAGACAAGAUAUCGGGGAAGGAUGGUGGGAAGCAAGGAACAAGUACGGCAAGUGUGGCCUGAUACCUCAGUCAUAUCUAGAAGUAGUCUACGAAAGUCCGCCGCUUCAACCGCCGCCACCUUUACCCUCCAUAUAUUCUAACCUUGCCGAAAUUUUCGGGGCUUCUAAUCAAGCCCCGCCCAUACCUGCCCCGGCCCAUCGUAACAUGAUUAAUAACGUACAGGGUAAUAAUUAUCCGGGGACAUCUGCCACCGAUCUUAUUAGUAAAGACAACAUUUUGGGGCAACCAAAUGCGAAUACCUUCCAAUCGAUGCCGCUCACCGCGCACGCCGAACUCGUGCAACAAGAUUGGGACAGCGAUUGGGACGACGACGAGGAGGACGAUUACGCCCUUCCCGCGUCGCAAGCGGAUGCUACAUCGACUAACGGUUACAAAAUGAAACCGGCGCAAAGUGAAACCGGGGUGGGAACGCUCAAAAGAAAUUUUAACAGGUUCUCUAUAUUCAAGACGGGCGUAGAACCUUACAUCAUGGGCCAAUCCAAAAUGAAAGAUAUCGACUUGGCUAAUAACCAAUAUCCAAUAGAAAUCAUACAAUCUUCGAACAACACUUGCUCCUUCAUGCCCAUAUCUCCGGAGAAAGUCUACACCUGUACCAUUAGCUCGCCCCAGAAGGAGUCAAAACUUAAAGGCUUAAAAAGCUUCAUAGCUUAUCAGAUGACCUGCUCGAAUACGGGAAUAAGGAUAAGCAGAAGGUAUAAACACUUCGAUUGGCUGCACGAAAGACUCCAAGAAAAAUUUACUCUUAUAGCUAUCCCACCUCUACCGGGCAAACAAGUCACAGGUCGGUACGAGGAAGAAUUCAUAGAACACAGGAUGAACAGGCUGCAAAUGUGGGUAAAUAGGAUUUGUCGGCAUCCCAUCCUGUCUCAAUGUCAAGUAUGGCUGCAUUUCGUAUCCUGCACCGAUAUGAAACAAUGGAAGGAUGGCAAAAGGAAAGCCGAGAAAGAUCCACUUAUUGGGGCCGAACUAUUUAACACCAUCAAAGUUCCUGGUCAAACAUUAAACCUAGAUUCUAUCGAACAACAGAUACAAAAAUUUACGAAAUUUAUAAAAAAAUUGGAUUACACCGUGACCACUCUUAUCAACCUUAUCUCAGACUUGCCCAAGAAAAUAUUAUCGCCUUCGGUCAACUAUUUCGAUCUUCUUCUGACACAAUUCGGCAACGUCUCUAAAGCUUUCGAGCUGGACGAAAGGGCAGAUUUGAUCCACACGAUAGACGGCAUCAAGAAUAUGUGCGACUCAUCUCACAUCAAUUGGGAAGCCUUUUUUGAUAAAUACAAAAAUAACUUGAUCCUUAUCCAAGAUAUGCUUUACGAAUACAAAGGAUUCUUAUCGGAGUUUCCAAACAUAUUGAAUAAUCAUAGAAGCGCCCUGAACAAGGUAAAAGAAUAUCAAAAAAUUUACGAUCAACCCACUAAUCCUACUCAAAGCAUAAACCAACUUCAAAAUGUGUCGCAAAAUAACCCACAUCUAAAUAGCGGCUCAGCACUUAACGUCGGCGGAGACUCUGAUAAAUUAGGGUUAAUUUACAAGAGGAUGAGUGUCAUCUCCUAUUUCACCCUGUCCGAAAUGAACUAUUUUAGAAUCGAGUGCGCCAAGGAUUUCAAGGUUAUCAUUGGAUUGAUCCUCAAGACACUGUUGGAAUAUUUCAAUCAGAUAUCGCUACACAUAUCCACUGCGAUCAAAAUAUUCGAAACUCUUUAAUAAUAAUUAAAAAAGACGCGAAUGAAAAAAAAGGCACCAACUGAAUUCUUCUAUGGAACCAAGAAGAAUUAAAAAUGCAAUAUUUGUUAUACAUGUUAGUUAUAAUA